AUGGCCGCGCCCGCCGGCUACUCGAUCAAUGUCAACGACCCUCAGCUCAUUACCCUCGUCAACAAAUUGCAAGAUGUCUUCACAACUGUUGGGGUCCAAAAUCCGAUAGACCUUCCCCAGAUAGCGGUGGUGGGGUCACAAUCGAGUGGCAAGAGUUCAGUAUUGGAGAACAUAGUGGGCAGGGACUUCCUACCAAGAGGGACCGGCAUUGUCACGAGACGACCACUCAUCCUACAACUCAUCAACAGAGCUCCUCCUGCCUCAUCGCAAACGAACGGUGUGAAUGGUACUUUGCAAACGUCAGACAAAGAAUCCAAUGUCGACGAGUGGGGCGAGUUCCUGCACAUACCAGGCCAGAAGUUCUUCGACUUCAACAAGAUCAGAGAAGAGAUCGUAAAAGAGACGGACUCAAAGACAGGUCGAAAUGCGGGCAUAUCACCUGCACCGAUCAAUCUACGAAUAUACUCUCCGAACGUCCUCACCCUGACCCUUGUGGAUCUACCUGGUCUGACGAAGGUGCCGGUUGGGGAUCAGCCAAGGGAUAUCGAGAAGCAGAUUAAAGAGAUGGUCUUGAAGCAAAUACAGAAGCCAAAUGCUAUCAUCCUGGCCGUCACAGCUGCGAAUACAGAUUUGGCCAACUCGGAUGGUUUGAAGCUGGCAAGAGAAGUGGACCCAGAGGGUCAACGAACCAUUGGCGUGCUUACGAAAGUUGAUCUGAUGGACGAGGGCACAGACGUUGUGGAUAUCUUGGCGGGAAGGAUCAUACCUCUGCGGCUAGGAUACGUCCCCGUGGUGAACAGAGGGCAAAGGGAUAUCGCGAACAACAAGACUAUUUCUUUCGCUCUAGACAACGAGAGGAAUUUCUUCGACAACCACAGAGCAUACAAAAACAAGGCUUCGUAUUGUGGAACACCAUACCUCGCGCGGAAAUUGAACCUAAUCCUUAUGAUGCACAUCAAAAAUACCCUGCCAGAUAUCAAAUCUCGCAUAUCUUCAUCCUUACAGAAAUAUACAACAGAAUUAAGUCAGCUGGGCGACUCCAUGCUCGGUAACAGCGCCAACAUCGUCCUUCAGAUAAUCACAGAGUUUUGCAACGAAUACCGGACCGUCUUAGAUGGCAAUAACCAGGAGUUAUCAAGCAUCGAGCUCUCAGGGGGUGCCAGGAUCAGCUUCGUCUUCCAUGAGCUGUACUCGAACGGAGUCAAAGCGGUAGACCCCUUCGAUCAAGUCAAGGACAUCGACAUCCGAACCAUCCUCUACAAUUCCUCGGGUUCCUCACCGGCUCUUUUUGUCGGCACCACCGCGUUCGAGCUAAUUGUCAAGCAGCAAAUCAAGCGAUUAGAGGAUCCAAGCUUGAAGUGCGUUUCGCUGGUCUAUGAUGAGCUUGUCCGCAUCCUCACAAAUAUACUACAAAAACCUAUACUACGAAGAUAUCCCUCGCUGAAAGAGAAAUUCCACGCCGUCGUCAUAUCAUUUUUCAAGAAGGCGAUCGAUCCAACCAACAACCUCGUGAGAGAUCUCGUCAACAUGGAAGCAUGCUAUGUCAAUACUGGCCACCCCGACUUCCUGACCGGCCAUAAGGCCAUGGCCAUUGUCAACGAUAGGCACAAUGCUGCCAAGCCGACGCAGGUCGACCCCAAGACGGGAAGACCUCUCCCACCUGCCGUACCGCCGCGAGCAGCAAGCCCCUCGCUCGAUCUGCCACAAAGUGACCAAGGAGGGUUUUUCGGAAGUUUUUUCGCCCCUAAGAACAAAAAAAAGAUGGCUGCCAUGGAUUCGCCGCCGCCGCAAUUAAAGGCCUCUGGGACGCUGUCCGAAAAGGAGGCAAACGAAGUUGAGGUCAUAAAACUGCUCAUCAACUCUUACUUCAAUAUUACACGGCGGACUAUGAUCGACAUGGUGCCCAAAGCCAUCAUGUUGAAACUCGUACAACACACCAAGGAAGAAAUGCAACGGGAGCUGCUAGAAAACAUGUACCGUACUAAUGAGCUCGACGAUCUGUUGAAGGAAAGCGACUACACGAUCAGGAGGCGGAAGGAGUGCCUUCAGAUGGUGGAGAGCUUGAGCAAGGCUAGUGAGAUCGUGAGCCAGGUGCAAUGA